GCAAUGAACCUUGAAGAAUAUUUUUCAAGAAUCCAGUAUUCUGGUACUUACAGUAAAGCUGACCUUGUGACUCUAAAUCAACUCCAUGAGCAACACCUUAGGUUUAUACCAUAUGAGAAUCUAAGCAUUCAUUGUGGAGAGAAGAUAGUCACUGACCUAGAAGCAUGCUACAACAAGAUUGUAAGGAAAAAACGGGGAGGAUGGUGUAGUGAAAACAAUAGUGUUUUUGCUUGGGUGCUGAAAAAACUAGGAUAUGAUGUUACACUUCUUGCGGCAUGUGUUUAUGAUAUUGAAAAAAAGGCCUACUCUGACAGGAUGUCCCAUAUGAUAAUCAAGGUAGUCAUAAAUGGAAAUACCUAUAUAGCAGAUGUAGGCUUCAGUUCCUCUAGGCAAAUAAGGCAACCACUAGAACUCACCUCUGGAAAAGACCAACCACAGAUUCCUGGUGUGUUUCGCCUAACUGAAGAAAGUGGAGUUUGGUAUCUGGAUAAAAUUAGCAGAAAGAAAUCUGUUCAUCAUCAGAGUUUCCAUGGCUUACCUCUUCUUGAAAACAAUGAAAACAGCAAUCGUGUUGUGAAGAUUUACAGGUUUACACUAGAACCAUACAGCACUGAACAACUUCAACUAAAUUGCAUUUACCUGCAGACAUCCCCAGAGUCAUUGUUCACCAAGAAGUCUAUAUGCUGUCUACAGACACAUGAUGGAGUUCAAACUUUGGUUGGGUGGACUUAUGGUGAGGUCACAUAUAAAUAUGAGGAAGACAUGGACCUGAUUACCUUCAAAACCCUUACUGAUGAAGAAGUAAAAAAUACAGUAAAGGAAAAAUUUGGCAUUGUGUUAGAAAAAAAAUUAGUACCUGCUAAUAAUGCUGCACACAUCCUGGUUUAAGUGAUAAAACCAUGGUUACCAAAGACCUUGAAAAUCAAUACAUAUAGUAUACUAUACAAAACUUAUAUGAUUUUUGCAUUGUGCUAAUAUCUGUGGUAUUUACAUCUGUCUACUCAAUGUUUUAAUAUAACAGGUGACAGCUGAAAACAGGAGGGUUUAGUUAACUCUAAUUACCUUAAAUCAAUUAGCUAAUAAACAUAAAGAUAAUGUUGCUGAAUUCAUACAGUGGCAUGCUGCACCAUUUCAUUCUCAGUUCAUGAUGUAUUGUGUAUCAA